AGACAAGGAAACUUCCCACAGUGAAGAAGAGAGUUGUGUGGCGAUGGAAACAAUGUGGAUUGCGGCCAGAGGGAGAGUUUCAACAUCAAAUAAAUCGCCCAAAGCUGAAAACACAGAGAAGCUGGUCCAAAUAGCUCGUUUGCAGUUGGCUCUUGCGUUCCUCAAACUCUCCGCCCAUUCUCAUUUGCUUUCCCUGCUUCUUCUUUUAUAAAUCCCGUCUCUGUCUCGCUCUCCUCUCUCACCUUUCACCUUUUUUCUUCCUGAAAUCACCCAUCUCUGGUUGCAGUUGAUUGAUUACCAAUGGCUACAGUUUUCCAUGGACUAGGAGCUGCAAUGGGUUUAACGGCUUCUAAUUCAUUCGAUUGCAAGAAAUUACUGCUUCCCUCUCGCAGAUCCUUUUUGGAGAGGAAAGCGAGCCUCCUCUUGGUCAGAUCUGAUGGCAGCGGGAACCUCAACGUGGGUUCUAAUUCAAGAGCUCGCAGGGCCGAGCAGUUGAUUACCAAUGCUGUUGCGACAAAGGCUGAUAAUUCUGCACCUUCCACGGCAUCUAAAUCUGGACAUGAACUUCUACUCUUUGAGGCUCUAAGAGAAGGCUUGGAGGAAGAAAUGGAGAGAGAUCCCACUGUUUGUGUCAUGGGUGAAGAUGUGGGUCAUUAUGGAGGUUCAUACAAGGUGACAAAAGGCCUGGCAACGAAAUAUGGGGAUCUUAGAGUUCUUGACACCCCUAUUGCUGAGAAUUCCUUCACUGGUAUGGGUAUUGGUGCUGCCAUGACUGGCUUGAGGCCAGUUGUUGAGGGUAUGAACAUGGGUUUUCUCCUUCUAGCUUUCAAUCAGAUCUCGAACAACUGUGGCAUGCUUCACUACACAUCCGGUGGACAGUUUAAAAUACCCAUAGUUAUACGUGGACCUGGUGGAGUUGGGCGGCAACUUGGUGCUGAACACUCACAACGCCUUGAAUCAUAUUUUCAAUCAAUUCCAGGAAUCCAAAUGGUUGCAUGCUCAACCCCUUAUAAUGCUAAGGGCUUGAUGAAAGCUGCAAUCCGAAGUGAGAACCCAGUGAUACUUUUUGAACAUGUUUUGCUUUACAACCUCAAGGAGAGAAUCCCUGAUGAAGAAUAUAUCUGUAACCUUGAAGAGGCUGAGAUGGUUAGGCCUGGAGAGCAUGUUACUAUUUUAACCUACUCACGGAUGAGAUAUCAUGUGAUGCAGGCUGCCAAAACUUUAGUGAACAAGGGAUAUGAUCCUGAAGUGAUUGAUAUCAGAUCACUGAAACCUUUUGAUCUCUACACAAUUGGGAAUUCUGUGAAGAAGACACAUCGUGUGCUGAUUGUGGAGGAAUGCAUGAGGACUGGUGGCAUUGGUGCUAGCUUGACUGCAGCCAUCACAGAAAAUUUCCAUGACUAUUUGGAUGCUGCAAUUGUAUGCUUGUCUUCACAGGACGUACCAACCCCCUAUGCUGGGACACUGGAGGAAUGGACUGUAGUUCAACCUGCUCAGAUUGUGACAGCAGUUGAGCAGUUAUGCCAGUAAUGACAGCAGAAUAAAUAGUCUUCACCACUGUGAUAGAGUUAUCAUGUUCUUCAAAAAAAUUCUUUUCUUUUUAGCUUUGUUUGAAGUCAUCAUUUAGUUUCAUAUUUCAUUAGCAAUUUUGUGGUGUUGAAACUUGCUGUUGUCCAUCAGGUUGAGGCUUUUCAAUUCUUGUUGUCUUCACAGCAAGCUAAUAUUUUGCUGUGAUUUGCGGGUAGAUAUGUGGAAUUUUCAUCUCUUGCUUAGGUGUUACCUGAGAUGAAUUAUGAAUUCUUGCCUAAAUUGGCUUUGCAGAAUGUCAAAUGCUGAAAUGAUCUCAGUUACUUACGGUUAAAUAACUGGAAGAGGCAUUCAGCCAUUUAUUCUUUA